AUGGCCUCCAACUGCAACUUCAACAACACGUCUCUCUCUGCUUCAGCUUCGCACCGCGUCUUCGAAGUCGCUCCUCUCACCACAUCUACCACUCGACCUCUUCCAUACUAUUCUCUGUAUUCCUCCAACUCCAGUCAUGAUCUUGCAUUGCGUGUCACAGAUGUAUUUCACUCUCGAUCAUCUUACCUGCAUUGCUAUCCAGCCUCGAACGCCCCCGAGUCCAGUCCCCGCCCACCUCUGCGUAAGAAGCCCAAAUUAACUUCCACCUCUUAUGAUACCAAAACACAAAACCAUUCACUGCUCCCUGGCAUGCGCAAAUUGGACAGCAUACCGAAAACCUCCAGUGUCCCUUCCUUCCACCUCUCUCUCGACAGUGGCGAUCCCAACAACAGUCGACCUACCACCCCCUCGCAGCGAACCCACUUACAUCUAGUUCAGCGAUCUCCCUCGCAGAAAAGGCCGCCUGCGUCGCACAGCAGCUACGGCGUCGAGACUACCUGUGGUCCGCCACCUUCGUAUAGCACCCAGCGAACUUUGUCGCAGGACAGAAUCCGCCUCGAUCGGAAUCCUGGUCCGAGGGCUACAAAUAACACAUCGCGCGAUUCGUCACCUUCCAAACCUAAUGAUCCCGCACCAGGCCCCCAGGCUGUUGUACCACUCCCUUCUCCCGUAAAGCAAGACCUCACGAUUCCGUCAAGUACUGAUUCUUCGGCGGACGAGACCAAUAUUCAGGAAGUCUCGAGUCCCGAGACGGGAGAUUCACAGAGCCUGCUGACCCCAAAUUCGACAAUGAGCAAAACUCCAACCACGGCAGCCGAUGCUGUCGAUGUCCAAGAAAAGGAACACUCCGAUACAGAAAGAUUGAAGCCGACGACACCAGACGAAGAAAGUAAAGGUUCGAGCGGCGAUGAGCGAAAGAGUGAAGAUUUGUUUUUGAAUAUUGCAAAGGCGGACGUGUCACGAGGGGGGUUAGCACCAUCAAAGACGGACAAGAGACGGUCACGAAUCUCACUCCCUUUCUUUUCUAGUACCCGACCCUCCACCGGGUACAAGUCUUCGCCCAUCCAGGAGCGAUUUGACACAUCGAGUGUCUCUGGUCGAUCCGAGGCUCUAAAUUACUAUAGUAAGCGGGCGUCUCUCGGACAGCACGUGCCAGGUGCACUGUCACGGGCAUAUCCUCAAGAUAGCUCUGUUCGAGAUGAGCCUGCUACGACCCCACGAGAAACGCAGAGCGUUCACCCCGGCGAGCUUCCCCGGAGGGCCAUGUCGAGGCGAUAUUCAAACACAAACACGAAUACCAACACAGAACCUACACGACCAUUUCCCCGGCCCAGUACUGCUAGAAACAACCGUCUUGUGUCGGACUCGACAUUUCUUGAUCGCCCUAGGCUGGCGGAUCAUAAUGCGACCGAAUCGACCAUCUCUACAACCGCCCCGUCGACUGUCUGGGAUGAGCUGGACGACCUGAAAUCUAGAAUUCGAAAGCUAGAACUCACCGGUAAGAUACCACCCUCCUCGGCUGCGGCGAUGAACACGUCCGAUAGACCCAAGACGGCGACCACGGCAGCCACAACCAUGUCAUCUUCCCCAAAACACAAGCCAGCAGCAGCUCAGUUGCAAUCCGCAAUUGAAGGGAUUCCAUCUACCGUCCACCCGAAUCUUCACGAGGCUCUCGGAAAUGCCAAAGCUGUCGUCAGCAAUGAUGUGUACCAAAAACUGCAAGCCACCGCACAGGAUGCACUGCAGCUGUCUAUGAUGAUGAAUCCAGAAGGAUACACGGGAACUGGGAGCACCAUUGGUCCGUCAUCAGUUUCUGAACGCCAGGUACGCCGGCGAACAGAGAGCAUGUGCAGAAGUUUGACAGAGCUGGCCAUUGCCAUUCUGGCCGACUCCAAAACAGCACCAUCUUCCGGGGCAAGACCUACCAGUCGAGACGCUCAUCCGCCAGCUCCUACAAGUCUCCGUAGCCGUCGAUUCAGCAACGAGCCUAAUGACAGACCUCCAGUUACCUCGAGAGUGCAGUCUCGUUUAGAAAGCCGACGGACCAGCAUCCCGCUCGGAACCACGUUGAACUCACAAGCGACAACACCAGAAAACACCUACCAGACACCGCCUACAGCGUUGCCUCAAAUCCAAACGACCUCAUCAUCUCGGUUGGGACGCAGCUCUGCAUUGAUGCGAAGCAGAAGGACUCCGGGGUAUUUAGAUGGGACUACCGAUGACGAGGAAAGCAGUCCUUCUGUGCGGCCAGUAAGCCGGGCCAUGACGGAGGUGAGCACGUUUCGACAAUUGGCACGGGAUCGAGCUGCGUACUCGAGAGAAUACACCGCUCAACACCCCAUGCCUCAACACCCACUUUCUUCACCGCCCGAGACGACUACCGUGACGAGGAGCACGAUGCCCGCCAAUAUAAGUACAAAUCUGGUAUCAAGACGAAAACAUGCGUCUCCCGCCACUAAUGUGGGGACCCAGGAGAAAACUCCUGUGACACCCAAAGAGCCGUGGGGUCGGAUAUCGAUUAUCCCUGCCGCCUCAUCCAGUCCCAUCGAAGCCACGCCAGAUAGUCAGGCAAGCCUUCGACCAUCUAAUUCAAGGAGGAGUUUAGGGUUUACCAGCAGAAUCACCAGUGUCAGCAAUCGAUUACGAGCGGCCAAGGCGGAGCGGAAUGCGAGUCUUCGAGAAACUAUAGAAGGACGGGGAACGAGGGAGAUUGCACCAUCAGGACAGGAAUUGGAUAAUAUGGCAAUGGAGAGACAAGGGUCUGGCCAGAGCAAUGAAUCGUGA